AUGGCUACUUCGCGCGCAAACACCACGAUCGUCGUCGUCGGCGGAGGCGGCACGAUGGGCUCCUCCACCGCGCUGCACCUGGUACGGAAUGGGUACACGCCGUCGAACAUCACCGUCCUCGACACGUAUCCCAUUCCGUCGGCGCAGUCCGCUGGGAACGACCUCAACAAGAUCAUGGGCAUCCAGCUGCGGAAUAAAGUUGACCUGCAGCUUAGUCUCGAGGCUAGGGAUAUGUGGAGGAACGACGAGCUGUUCAAGCCGUUCUUCCACAACACCGGCAGGCUUGACUGCGAGAGAACAGAAGAGGGCAUCGCAUCUCUCAGAGAAGAGUACGAGACCCUCCUCAAAGCGGGCCAUGACCUAGAAAAGACCAACGAGUGGCUGGAAACCGAGGACGAGAUACUGGCGAAGAUGCCCCUGCUGGAGCGGGACCAGAUCCAGGGCUGGAAAGCGAUAUUCUGCAAGGAUGGCGGCUGGCUAGCUGCGGCCAAGGCGAUCAAUGCGAUCGGAGAGGAGCUGCGCAAGCAGGGAGUCAAGUUUGGAUUCGGAGGGGCGGGAUCCUUCAAGCAACCGCUUUUCAAGGAAGGUGGGACGACGUGUGUUGGGCUGGAGACGGUGGACGGGACGAAGUACUACGCCGACAAGGUGGUUUUGGCUACCGGAGCUUGGAGCCCGGCGUUGGUGGAUUUGGAAGACCAGUGUUGUUCGAAGGCCUGGGUAUAUGCCAUGAUGCAGCUGACGCCUGAAGAAGCUGCCGCAUACAAGGACACGCCUGUGGUGUAUAAUGGCGACGUCGGGUUCUUCUUCGAGCCCAACGAAAACGGCGUGAUCAAAGUGUGCGACGAGUUCCCCGGCUUCACGCGGUUCAAGCAGCACCAGCCCUACGGCGCCGAGAAGCCCAAGCCCGUCUCGGUCCCCCGCUCUCACGCAAAGCACCCCACAGACACGUACCCCGACGCAUCGGAGAAGGGCAUCCGCAGAGCCAUCGCGACGUUCCUCCCGCGCUUCGCGGACAAGGAACUGUUUAACCGGGCGCUGUGCUGGUGCACUGAUACGGCGGACACGGCCCUCCUGAUCUGCGAGCAUCCGAGGUGGAAGAACUUUAUCCUCGCGACGGGGGACAGCGGACACACCUUCAAACUCCUCCCGAACAUCGGAAAGCACGUCGUCGAGCUGAUCGAGGGCAGCCUGGACGACAAGUUCGUGCAGGCGUGGAGGUGGCGGCCUGGCGGCGAUGCGCUCAGGUCAAAGCGCGGGGCGCCCGCGAAAGAUCUGGCGGAUAUGCCUGGGUGGAAUCAUGAUGCGUGAUCUGAAGCAUGAUGUGAGGAGAGGAGAGAGGUUGGUAUACCCUUUGGAAGUGUUGUACGUGUGUGUAUAUAGAUGGGUGGGUACAUAGGUAUGUUUGAUGAAGUAACGGUGAUGAAGGAAAUCGCUGAGUGUUUCACCGAAGUUAUGAUGAUUCAGGUAUCUACGAACUUACAUGUAGGACUGCACUGCGACGCCUCUUUCGUGCCGUAUCAGAAAGGGAAGAAAAAGAAAAAGAAAAAGAUAGCAACGUUCCCGUGCCCUACCACGAUGCAAGCACCCUUACAGUCUUGGCGGCUCGGCAUGAAUCCCUUCAAAGAUCCCUUGGAAGCUGAUAUUUUUUUAUCAUGGAAAAUUAUUUUAUCUACACGAUAAACGCCAGGACUAAUGAACCAAAACCCGUCAACUCAGCUCUCGAGCUUUGGCCGUUAGCAUCCGUGGAAGUACGCUACCUGCCAGCCCCAAGGUAAUCGUUUCCGACGUUUUGGUAACUAUAAUACGCACCAUCAAACGGCCGUGUGACCUCGCCAUGGCCUGCAACGAUAUUUACUAGGUAAGCACCUAUCAGCGUAGUAUCGCAUCAACCCCCCCCCCCCUCUAGCCACCUCCCUAAAAGGGCAAUA